AACAGCAUUUAGACACAGCGAAAGGAUCAUGGCGGAUGGCCCCAGGUGUAAGCGCAGAAAGCAGGCGAAUCCGAGGAGGAAUAACGUAACCAACUACAGUAAUGUGGUUAAGACCCCUGGCUCAGACUCAGAUGAUGAGGACAAGCUUCACAUCGUGGAGGAGGACGGGAGUCUGGCAGACGGGGCAGACUGUGACAGUAAUGUGCCCAGUGAAGAUCACAACGGAGACCGCUCAGAUGAAGCGAGGGAGGAGUGUGGUUCAGACGGGGAGGACGAUGGCAGGACGGACGCUCUGGUGGAAGAGAUGCUGCAGCAGGGAGACACAGCCGUCAUUUACCCAGAAGCCCCGGAGGACGAGCCACGCCAAGGGACCCCCGAGGCCAGCGGACAUGACGAGAACGGCACUCCGGAUGCGUUCUCCCAGCUCCUCACCUGUCCCUACUGCUCCCGCGGCUACAAGCGUUACACGUCCCUGAAGGAGCACAUCAAGCUGCGCCACGAGAAGAGCGAGGACAACUUCAGCUGCUCCCAGUGCAGCUACACUUUUGCCUACCGCACACAGCUGGAGAGACACAUGACGGCCCACAAAGCUGGUAGAGACCAGAGGCACGUGACGCAGUCGGGGGGCAACCGCAAAUUCAACUGCACCGAAUGUGAAAAAGCAUUUAAGUACAAGCACCACCUGAAGGAGCACCUACGCAUCCACAGCGGAGAGAAGCCGUACGAGUGCUCCAACUGCAAGAAGCGUUUCUCCCACUCGGGCUCCUACAGUUCCCACAUCAGCAGUAAGAAGUGCAUCAGCGUGAUCUCGGCAGUCAACGGCCGCCCCCGGCCCAGCGCCAAGGCGUCCCAGUGCCCGUCCCCAGCCAUGCCCGCCUCGCCCUCCUCCACCACACGCACACAGAUCUGGGAUAAACCGUUACAGGAGCAACUACCCCUCAAUCAGAUCAAGAGCGAGCCAGUGGACUAUGAGUACAAGGCCAUGGUGUUGUCUCCAGCAACGCCGGGAGGAAACGGUCAUGGAGGAGGGGUGUUAAACGGGGGUGCCGCGGGCCCCCUGCAGGGUGCGGUGCAGGCUGUGAUGCUCCCCACCAUGGGUCUGGUUUCUCCCAUCAGCAUCAACCUGGCAGACCUGCAGAACAUCUUGAAGGUGGCGGUGGACGGUAACAUGAUCAGACAGAUGUUGGAGAACAAUGCCAAGGCAGCGGGGACCGGCACAGGGGCAACGGGUGUUCCUCACCAGCAGCUCAUCUCAGCCAUCAGUCUCCCCAUCAUCGGUCAGGAUGGCAACGCUACCAAGAUCAUCAUCAACUACAGCCUCGAUCCCAGCCAGACCCAGCUCACUGCCCAGAACCUGAAGAAGGAACCUCAGACUCUGGCUACAAUGCCAGGCCAGCCCCAGGCUCAGCCCCUGGCCGAGGUUGCCAUAGAGCCCUGCAGCAAGGCCCAGCAGAGACUCCCAGAGGACCUGACACUCAGCAGGCCCCCCAGGAGCAAAGAGGAGAAGAUGGAAGAGGAAAACGAGAAGGAGGAGGGGGAGGAGACCACUAAGACCUGUCUGCUCUGUGGCGACUGCCCCGGUGGUCUGGACGUGCUCCACGCACUCGAGCACUGUAAGAAGGCCUCAGGCCUCAGGAUCAAUGGGGACAAAUCAGAGUCGGCCAUCGCCUCGUUACUGUCCGAGGGGGUCGGGAACCAGCCCAAGAACCUCCUGUCCCUCCUCAAGGCCUACUUCGCCCUAAAUGCUGAGCCAACCAAGGAGGAGCUCAGCAAGAUCUCAGAUUCAGUCAGCCUGCCCACCGACGUGGUCAAGAAGUGGUUCGACAAGAUGCAGAGCAGUCAGGUCUCACUAGGAGCUCCGACACCUCCGUCUGAGGAAGAGGGACCCUUGUCUGAGAGUCCUGGGGCCACAGUUGUGUCCCCUAAGAUAAGACCAGAGCAGGACACAGAGGGUCCCACCAUGAUGCAGUCCGGCCCAGCCGAGGCCACUCCGGCUGAGGUUAACGGCUCCAUGCGCUCCCCAGCCUCCCCCACACCACUAAACCUGACCGCCGGGGGGCCCGUCCCAGCCAGACCCUCCUCCUCGGACAGCACUGAUGGCCCUCUGGACCUGUCGCUACCAAAGCCCACCCGAGAGGAGGCCGCAGCCGCCGCCACUUACCACGCCUCUGUUUACUCCCAUCAGGACGAACCCCUGAACUUGACGAAGACUUGCACAACAAAGAAAGAACUUCCGCUCGCCAGCGCCGCUGGCCACCACGUGACUAGUCAACCUGUGUCCCUGUACACCGCCAGCCCACAAAGUGCCAACCCCAUCAGUAUCAUGACCACUCAGCUGCCCAGCGGGACCAUUUAUGCCAUCACUGACCAGGGCCGUGCAGGCAUGCCCUGCCUCCGGGCAGUUACCACUAGUAACAACCAGACUAUCCUCAUCCCACAGCUGGCCUAUACCUAUACCACUACAGCUACAGCCAACAGCCCUGCAGGGACAGAGACACAGGAGAAGACCACACUGCAAGUCAACGGCAUCAAGGAGGAGCGUCAGGACACCAGCUCAGAGGGCGUGUCCACCAUGGAAGAGCUGAACGACUCAGACUCCGCCCCUUCCAGGAAGAAAAUGAGGAAAACGGAGAGUGGGAUGUACGCCUGCGACCUGUGUGACAAGAUCUUCCAGAAGAGCAGUUCUCUGCUCCGACAUAAAUACGAACACACAGGCAAGCGACCCCACGAGUGCGGUAUCUGCAGGAAGGCCUUCAAACACAAGCACCACUUGAUAGAACACAUGCGUCUCCACUCUGGGGAGAAACCCUACCAGUGUGACAAGUGUGGCAAGCGCUUCUCUCACUCGGGCUCCUACUCCCAGCACAUGAACCACCGCUACUCCUAUUGCAAGAAAGAGGCGCUGGAAGGAAGUCAAGGAGGUAUAGGGGAGGAGGUGCUGGAGGAGGAGAUGGAGAGCCCUGUGGGGUUGGCCCUGGGCCUCGGAGGGGAGCAGCAGGAGCAGUCAGACAGCAGGCCCACCUCCUCCCACCUGGACUCUGACGAGCGAGGGAGCAGCACCAGGGAGGACGAGGAGGAGAGCGAGGAGGAGGGGGAGGAGGAGGACAUGGAGACAGCGGCAGGGGAGGAGGUGGAGGGGGAUCCGGACAGAGUUCUGGAUAUGGAUGAUAUACAGGUGGUGCGGAUAGGAGACGAGGGAGGGGACGAGGAGGAAGAGGCGGAGGGGGAGAAGGAAGAAGACACUGGUCGAGAGGAGGGAGAGAGUGAGGAAGAGCAGGGAGUGGAGAGAGUAGUGGUCGGGGGUGAAGGGGAGGAAGGAGAAGAAGAAGAGGAGGGGGUAGUGGGGGUUGAAGUAAAGGAGGAGCAGGAGGAAGAGGAGGUUACAGGGGAAAAAGCAGACACAAGGCAAGAGGAGGUACAGGAGAACAGGGAGAAAGAGGAGGAACAUGGAGGUGAGAAGGAACAGGUUGAGGAGCAGGUGGAGGAGGAGCUGUCUGAGAAGGAAGAGACAAUGGACACAGAGAAAGUAUUGACCUCGGAGGACAAGGAAGAGUCAGGGUCGAGGGCGGCGGAGGAAAGUGAGGUCAUGAAAGAGAAUGAAGGUGAAACAAACAGGAACACUGUUUCAGAAGACAAGAACCAGACACCGACAGGAGAGAAAGGAGAUCCGAAUUAAAACAGGGAGGAACCAGACCCGUGCUUCUUCCUUAAUGAAAUGGAAGGAUCCUUUUUCCCCAUGACAUUGGGGGAAAGGAUAGAGAGCUAAAGUUUGGAUUGCUCUGACGGACGCUGCAUUUCAGUUCACUACUGUGUAUGAAUCCAGGUGUGCCUGAAAAAAUACUAGUGGCUUUUUCCACAGAAGGAGAAACAUUUUCAGUGUUAGAAAAUGUAUUUGUAAAAAACUAAAACACAAAGUUUAACAACAAAAAAUGCAUUAUACGGACUUUGGAAGCUAGAGCCGACACGUUUUAGAUAAUGUUUUAUUACUAAAUCAACCUUGGGUCAUUUCUUUUUAUCAGUGUUACUAAUUUUAUCCCUCAUAUUUUAACCUUUAAAAACCUGUACAGUUAGGAGAGAUUUCUAUAUCUUUUUAUUGCCAAUGAACAAAACAAAAAAAAUCAGUAUUUUAUUAAGUUGGAGGAAAAAAAGAUCCUGUGCACUACAAGUGGCUUGGUUUACUUAUGGCACUAACAGUGGUGCUGUCUACCCUUCAGUGUUAUGGCACUAGACUUACAGUAUACAUCAUCAGCAUGUUAGCUGGUGAUGUUAGCAUACCUUUUGUUGUCCAUGGAUUGUGAGCCUUAAAGAAGAAAACGAUUGUGAGAUGAGUUCAUCCAUGAUGAUAUUCCAGUAGUUGAUUACCUUAUAGAUGAAAGAAGACGACAAGGGGAGUAUCGAAGGAGUCUGCAUUGACACAUUGCUCUAAAAUGUUCUGUUCGUUCGUUUGUUCAUUUCAUCAAUCUGUUGUCAUCAGUGUUACAUGUACAGAAUCAGAUCAAGCAGAAUAAGAAAGAAGAACAAUCGUGAGAUCAUUUGCCUCCUGAAUCCUAUUCCCACUCCCAGCCUUAUGCAAAACAAGAAGACAUGAUGCGGAUCAAAAGUGCCAUUGAAUACUGCUGUUUUUCCUUAGCAGCUGUUGUCAGGUUGUGUCGAGGCCCAGAUUUGAUAGCAGCUCAAACAUGUCAACUCUUUCAGCUGAUAUCCUGUUGAUUUUGGCUCACUACCACUAGUCCUGAUGUUGUAGAUUAUAGCGUUACCAUGAACUAUAAUUUAGACAUGAAUUACAUAUUUGAGAUUAAAAAAAAGAUCUGCCUCUUUUAUAAUCAGAGCAAUCAAAUACUAAAAGGACAAUGCACAUGUUUUAACGGAACGAUGAAACAUGAUUUUGAAAUAUUUCCUGCCUUGAAAUGUAUAAUUCCCCCCCAGUCCAGUUCCAGUGCACUUGUUUAACACCUUGUGAAACGCUCGCGCUCUCUUCAGGUAACAAAAGUAGGCAAUUAUGAUCCCAUAAUGGUUAUUCAGACAAUAUUUCUUACCUGUCAGUAUUAUUUUGUUGUUUUGUUGUUGGAUUGUUUUGUAUGUUCAUGUUCAAAUAUGUGUACUGUAUGUUUUCAGAAAAGGCAGUAUUUUUCCCAUUCCCAAUGAUAUGGGUUAUCUGUUUAGUUCUAGAAACAUUUUAUAUUUAUGUGUUAUUUUUUUUUAUUUUAUAUUUCUUUAUGGUUAUUUAUUACACAAUGUAGUGUACAAUACUGUAGUUUGUAUUAAUACAAUAAUAUAUUUUAGUAUGAAAAUCAUUUCAAAUGUAAGCUGACUACAACAAAGGUGGGAACAAAAAAACAAAAAAAACUCUGGCAUUUUGAAGUAUGUUUUAGAACGCAAAUACAUCUAAAGUUGUCAACACAACCCACAAGCCUGAAAUUGGAAUUGGUUCCCUUUCUAAAUCCAUUCAUUCUCAUGUUAGUUUUGACCUUUUGCCCCACUUUAAUAUGAAGCUACUGAAACUUUUUGAGAACUAACUGUAUGUCUAAUAGCAUGAGUGUGCUGUUGUAUUGAAGGAUGACCCUUAACCAUGAACCUGUCCUUUUUGCCAAGCCAAAAUAAUAUUGACAUUUUGUUGUGUUUUAUUUGUGCCAAUUUGUUACUUUGUAUGUAUACUAUGUCAAGGCCACAACCUCUUUUAUAUGUACUUGUUUUAAUCCAUGAUCAUUUUUAUAGUGAUAGUUUUUGUUUGUUUUUUCUAUGACUCCCCAUCUCACAAUAAAAUACAUCAACUACA